AUGGAAAUGUUGCAAGCAAUGUAUCCUGAAGAAGGAGCAAUCGUGCUCGAUAAUCCGCUAAUUGUGCAAGACGUUCGUAAUUAUCUCGAUCACGAUGGACCAGCUCCUGUAAAUAUCGCUUUCACUGUUAAAAUCAACUGGAUUGAGCAAGAUGCCAGUCUGGAUACUGAGGAUCCAAUUUUAAUUGAACUGUAUUGCAAUUUUCCACAUGAGUAUCCGAGUGUUACACCGGAAGUAUUCGUCAGAUGUGAUAUACUACAAAGAGAUGAACAAAAGGAUCUUAAUACGAAGUUAAGAGAACAUGUUGAUGAAUUGAUUGGUCUUGGCGAAUUAUGCAUUGUACCUACUUUGCAGUGGAUACAGGAAAAUUUAUCAAAUUAUAUCAGCCAUAGUGCAGCCUGUACAAGUAAAACAUUGCCAAAAGAACCCAUCUCAGCGGAAAGCGAUAACAAAUUAAGCCGAUUAUUAUUGUAUAUGCAUCAUAUUUACAGCAAAACCAAGCGUAAAGUCAUAGUUGAAUGGGCAGAGGAGCUAAAUCUUACUGGGUUUUGUCUCCCCGGAAAGCCAGGCGUUUUGUGUGUUGAAGGCGACGAAAAAGCUGUAUCGGAUUAUUUCGCUAGGUUGCGACGGCUGAAUUGGAAAAGAAUUACUUCAAGGCAUCGUGAAGAUAGCUAUACUUUACAGCGAAAGUUUACAUCUUUUGAAGAAGUAGCUUUUAGUGUUCAUGGAGGUCGUAAUUAUCAUAUGGAUUUGGGACAAUUUUCUCAAUAUUUACAAGAUCAUGAUUUAGGUGAAAUGUUUCAGAUAAUAUUUGGUGUUGAUGGUAAAUAG